GUUCCAGUGUGACGUCAGUUUGUUGUGUGCACCAGCUGAUCAUCGGCCAGAGCCGACAGAAAACACUACUCACGCGCACACAAACAUUACCCUUCUGCAGCAUCUCGAACAAGAUGUCGGGUUUGUAGUAUUUGGAGGAAAACGUGACGGGGCAGUGGAUGUAUUUGAAUGAAGAGAGCGGCUCGUUCGGGACGAAACACUGGCCUGCUGAAGGGCUCUUCUGAAGCUGUUGUUUUGACGCUCUGCCUCCACAUAAUUAUAUAACACGAUGGAGACGAUUCUUACCUGCUUAGGAAGUAGUUUCGCUGGAGACGUGUAAAAUACGCCAGUGCCUCAUAACACUGUACUUUCAAUGCAAAUCAGCUAGAUCACAAGGAAAAGUCUUCCGUCUGCGAGAAAAUGUGGUGGAAACUUUUCUUUUUGCUCCUGUAUUUUUCCAUGUUAUUCAUCCUGGCUCGGUUUUGUGAAGCCAUCGUCUGGUAUGAGACGGGGAUUUUCGGCACCCAGCUGGUGGAUCCGGUGACAUUGAGCUUCAAGAAACUCAAAACCAUCCUGGAGUGUCGUGGAUUGGGAUACUCCGGCCUGGCGGAGAAGAGGGACGUGAGGGAACUGGUGGAAAACUCGGGGGAGCUGAUGCAAGGGGAGCUCUACUCAGCUCUCAAGAACGAGAAGGAGCAAGUGGGAUCUGACUCCAGCACCACUUUCAGUGGAGAAAUGCACUUUUAUGAAUUAGUGGAAGACACUAAAGAUGGUAUCUGGCUAGUUCAGGUAAUAGCCCAAGAUAGAAAUCCACUGUUGAGCACUGCCAACUGGGGCAAAGUGGUACAGAAAGUUUCUCAGUUUGGCAUUCGAACAGGCAUUUUCAACUGUUCAAGUGACUCAAGGUAUUGCCAUAAACGGGGCUGGAUGAAGUCCACCCUCAUCAUGUCUGUCCCGCAGACCAAUGCAUCCAAAGGGAAGGUCAUGUUGAAGGAGUACAAUGGCAGACGCAUCGAAACAGAGCACAUCUUUAAGUGGAUGACUGCGCACGUCGCCUCUCGCAUCAAAACCAUACGUUUCUCUGAGCAAUUAAUGGAUGACUGGUAUCAGAUGGAAAAGCAACCAGUGAAGAUGUUCUUGUUCGCCAGACUGCUUCAGCCCCCGGCGUUCUUCUCAGCUCUCAGCAUCAAAUUCACAGGGCGCAUCGAGUUUAUCUUCGUCGAUGUGCGCAACUGGGACAACACCAGCUGUCUGGAGGAGAUUGGGGUGCAGCAAAUGCCCUCAUACAUCCUCAAAACACCAGAAGGCAUCUACAGAUACGGCAAUAGCACCGGGGAAUUCAUUUCCUUGCAUGCCAUGGAUGCAUUUCUUCGAUCCGUACAGCCAGAAGUCAAUGACUUGUUCAUUUUGAGCUUGGUUAUGGUCAAUCUAAUGGCUUGGAUGGACCUUUUCAUUACGCAGGGAGCCACCAUAAAACGCUUUGUGGUUUUAAUCAGCACACUGGGGACUUAUAACUCCUUACUCAUCAUUUCCUGGCUGCCCAUCCUUGGUUUUCUGCAGCUUCCAUACCUGGAUAACUUUUAUGAGUACAGCCUGAAACUGUUGCGUUACGCAGACACCACUACUAUAGCCUCAUGGGUUCGGGCCGACUGGACCUUCUAUUCAUCUCACCCAGCUCUCUUCCUCAGCACUUAUCUAGCCCAUGGCCUUCUCAUCGACUACUUUGAGAAGAAAAGAAGAUGUAGCAACGAAGACCAAAACGCAAACAACCUAGAGUGGUUGUCAAGUCUCUGGGAUUGGUACACCAGCUACUUAGUACAUCCCAUUGCCUCGUUCCAGAACUUUGAGUCCGACUGGGAUGAUGAUCCCAAUUUCCUUUUGCAAAGAUUGGCAUUCCCAGACCUCUGGCUUCGCCCGCUUGUUCCGAUAGACUACAUCAAGAACCUGGCCACCUGGAAGUUCAGACUCGCUCAGUCUGAGAGGCUCAACCCAGUGGAACGUGACAACCUACAAAAAACCAUGACAAACCCAAAUGGCGGCUCCAGCGGGGACCAGGAAGUGCAUCACUACAGUUCUGAAGUUCUUCACAAUAAUGACGGGUGUUCGGCUGCAACGAAGUCAGAGGAGUCGUGGUCUGGUGGAGGGGAACAGGACACUGAUUGGUCUCAUUGGCCUUGUGGCAUGCUCCAGUGCACUGAGUGUGUUGUAUGUCUCGAGAACUUUGAAACAGAUUGCCUUGUCAUGGGUUUACCGUGUGGCCAUGUUUUUCACCAGCAGUGCAUCGUGGUCUGGCUAGCUGGUGGGCGGCACUGUUGCCCUGUUUGCCGGUGGCCAUCGUACAAGAAAAAACCCACAAGACAACAUGCAACUGAACAGCUUGAACCAGAAUAGUCCUGGUGCGAUUAGUUUAUGUCUUGCUUCCUUCACUUAUUUAAAAAAA